ACAGUCCCUUUUAAUGCAGAAACAAAAAAUAUUAAGGAUAAAAUAACAUUUCAAAUUGAUAUGAAUCAAUUUGUGUGCUUCUGUGAUCAUGCAUAAGAAUCAUUGUUUGCUGCAAAGGAGCUGAUCAUGUUGUAAUUCAGGAAUAAUUAAAGCAUCAAAGCCGAGAUGUUCUGCAGUAAAUCUGUAUUGCAGUUAAUUACGAUAUAUUGUAAAAAGCACAAUACAUGUACAUCUUCAAGUCAAAUAAUUAACAUUUUAAUGAAUCUAAUGCUGUGACACCUUACAUGUUUUGGUCUUUUCACAAUAAUGUAACUGAGUAUCUCCCAAUUUGUUUCACUGCCUUGACACUCAGGGUUUACUAAACUAAUGAGGCGGUAGAUAUCUCUCAGGAGUACCCUAAAAGUGAAUGAAAUGACCCUCCCUCCCCUUCCGACACACACUGUAUAAAACACAGGCAAUGUUGGGAAUCUGGCAGAGGUGCCUUGAACAGCGAAAACUCCGACUACAGCAGGAUUUUCAAGUGUUGCACUAUAAAGAUUCUCUCCAGCGCUGUGAUGUCGCUGAGUAUUCUGACUCUCUGCCUGCUGGCUUGUAUUCACUCCGGCAUAGACGCAUAUCCAGCCAAGCCUCCCAGUCCUCGGGACGGUGCAGCACCCGAGGAGCUCGCCAAAUAUUAUUCUGCACUAAGACACUACAUCAAUCUCAUCACAAGACAAAGGUAUGGGAAAAGAGACAACCCAGAUACUCUAUUUUCAGAUGUGUUGGUGAGGGAGAGCACAGAGAGUAUUCCAGGAUCAAACUAUAUCGGGUAUGACGGGCUGCCACUGUGGUGAUGAUGCUGAAGCUGUCAUAUCCAAGCUGACUUUACCAUAAAAGCUGCUGACGUCUGUUAUUGACGUGAAAUGUACUCGUGCUGCAUGGAAUAAACAUUGUGUAAUGUACCUACUUUUGGUCUGUAAUGUUGCGAGUGCAUCCAUUGUCUCAUUCUGGCACACUGGAUUUGGCAAACAACCAGUAGUACUAACUUGUGUGUUGAUUAUCUACAGUGAAGGUACUAUGUUGAACAAUAUAUGUGUCAUUCCCUGACGGAGUAACAGUGCUCUCUACUGGUGAACAGGCAUCUAAACAUUUUGAGAAUUUAUUUCCAGUGGGGCAAAUAGUUUGUAAUUCAUGUCUGCUGCUAAUGUUCUAUUUUGGGGAGAGUAAAAUAAAAAUUAACUGUAAAUUGAA